AUGGAAAGAUUACUCGAAUUGCAACUCGUUUCUAAAGUUUGUAAAGAGCUGGAAACAAAUGUGGGAUCCGGAGAAAAGGCUCUUGCUGAAUUUGUAAUUUAUUUGGCAAGAGAAGAAUCCAAGAACGUUGAUGAUUUUUACAACAAAUUAAUUGAUAAUGAUGCGGAAUUACCACGAGACUUUGUAGAACGACUAUAUGCAAUGAUACACAGAAUGUCUAACUCUAAAUUAUCUUCUUCGUUAGGAAACUCAAGUGAUGGAAAAUUUACAAGUGCUGGUCAAUUCUCGGUGAGCUCGCUGGUUAAAUCGGAAGAGAAAGUAUCUGCAGAUAGCUCGUACGAUGGAAAAUCAUCGAAAGAAGCUGUUACAGUUACAUCGGAUCAAAUCAACGAUCGAUUACAUUCAUUCGAUAAGAGUAUAAAAGAAGAAAUGGAAAACAAUUUGAGAAGGAAAUUAGAGUUGACGAAAAAAUUCCCAAGUUUAUGUUUACCAGACAAAUCAUCAAUAUAUAGUUCGACGACGAGUGUAGACAGUGACAAGAAGAAGGAUACCUUCGAUAGGAAAGUCACAAGCCAACCCAAUAGUUUUGACUCCAAAAGUCAAUUCAUUGACAAAUCUUCUGAUUCUCGCAAUAAUCGGUUUUCAAAUGAAGAAAGAAGUCGAAAUGCAUCAGCCUCUUCGUCCUCAUCAGCUGAUGGAUCGGCAGCACGCAGAAAUGCCAAGCGGGAGUACACAGAUACCAUCGAAGUCAAUCAAAUUUAUAAGGCCCGAGUUUCUGGUAUCAAAAAUUAUGGUUUCUUUGCUAGGCUUGAGGAAACUAUUGACGGUGUCAUUGUCCGUGGAAAUAAGGACGGUCUCUGUCACAUUAGUGAAAUCAGUAAUGAAAAAAAAGUAUCCAAAGUUGACGAGGUUGUCUCGCGGAACGACAUUGUUUUGGUUAAGGUGAUUGUUGCAACCGAUUCUAGAAUAUCUCUAUCGAUGAAAGAAGUCGAUCAACAAACAGGGAAAGAUCUAUUUCCAAGGAGAGCCCUCGCUAAGAAUAUUGGAGUACCUAGCAGAGAAGAGGAUUCCAAACUAUUAUCACAUCACUCUGGAAUUUCUCCAGCAUUCUUAGAUACAAGCAAAGAUCCCAGAAGACCGAUCAAAAAACAGAAUCCUUACGAUUUGUGGGAAGAAAAGCAACUGAAAGCUUCUGGAUUUGCUAGUGGAGGUGGCGUCAUCAAUGAAGAAACUGGUGAGCUCAAUUAUGACGAAGUGGAAGAGGAUAUUGAAGUUGAAAUGAGCGAGAAAGAACCCAAAUUUUUGAGUGGUCAAACCAUGAAAGGAGGAAUGGCUUACUCACCUGUGCGUCUCACACAAGUCAGAGACGGCACUUUGGCCAGAAUUGCAGAAAAACAAUUAGAAUUUGCACAAGAGCGUAGAGAAAUCAAGGAAGAACAAAAGGCUAAACUGCAAGGUGACAUGGAAGACUUGGAAGCGGACGAUCCUCUUUCAGAAUACUAUAGACGUAUCAAUGAAGCCACUGACUUUUCAGGCCAGAAAGGUUUUGCUGGUCAAGGAGCUCCAGAUUGGAGAAAAACAGCCAUCAGUGGUGUUGCUCAACGAAGUUCUCCGUCAACUAUCAAACAACAACGAGAGAGCUUACCAGUUUACUCGUUGAGAAAUGAACUAAUUACCUCCAUUAGAGACAAUCAAAUCCUCAUUGUCAUUGGAGAAACUGGUUCAGGAAAGACUACACAAAUUACACAAUAUAUUGCAGAGGCUGGAAUUAAUGGUAACAAGAUGAUUGCAUGUACACAGCCACGUCGAGUUGCUGCAAUUUCUGUAGCAAGACGUGUUGCCGAAGAAUUUGGAUGUAAAUUAGGUCAGGAAGUGGGUUAUACCAUUCGUUUUGAAGAUUGUACCUCACCAGAUACUGUAAUCAAAUACAUGACAGACGGUAUGUUAUUGAGAGAGGCACUAUUAGAUCCUCUCCUGGAAAAGUACUCUGUCAUCAUGUUGGACGAAGCUCACGAGCGUAACUUACAUACCGAUGUUCUCUUUGCACUUCUCAAAAAACUCACUCAAAAACGAAAGGAUCUCAAAUUAAUUGUGACCAGUGCCACUUUGGAUGCAGAAAAAUUCUCCACUUACUUUUACACCUGUCCAAUCUUUACCAUUCCUGGCCGAACAUAUCCAGUCGAAAUUUUGUACACUAAGGAACCUGAAGAAGAUUAUUUGGACGCAGCUCUCAUCACUGUCAUGCAAAUUCAUUUGACUGAACCUGCAGGUGACAUUCUCGUAUUUUUGACAGGUCAAGAAGAAAUUGAUACAGCGUGUCAAAUUCUCUAUGAACGUAUGAAAGCACUCGGUAGUGACGUACCAGAAUUGGUCAUUUUACCCAUCUACGCUGCCCUUCCUUCCGAAAUGCAAACCAAAAUUUUCGAACCUGCUCCUGUGGGUGGAAGAAAAGUGGUCAUUGCUACCAACAUUGCUGAGACCUCUAUUACCAUCGAUGGUAUUUUCUAUGUGGUUGAUCCUGGAUUUGUGAAGCAAAAUAUCUACAAUCCAAAGACAGGUAUGGAUCAAUUGACUGUAGUGCCAAUUUCACAAGCUGCUGCUCGUCAAAGAGCAGGAAGAGCCGGUCGUACAGGUCCUGGAAAGUGUUAUCGUCUCUACACUGAAGAAGCAUACAAGAAUGAAAUGUUACCAAAUACUGUUCCUGAAAUUCAGAGAACAAACUUGGCCAAUACUGUUCUCACACUCAAGGCUAUGGGUAUUAAUGACUUGUUGAAUUUCGAUUUUAUGGAUCCACCUCCACCACAAUCACUCAUUGCUGCCAUGGAACAAUUAUAUAGUUUGGGAGCUCUUGAUGACGAUGGUCUUUUGACUAAAAUGGGAAGAAAAAUGGCAGAAUUUCCACUUGAACCACAAAUGGCCAAAACUCUUAUUGCCUCAGUAGACCUUAAAUGUUCCGAUGAGGUGUUGACCAUUGUGUCCAUGCUUUCGGUGCAGGGCAUCUUUUAUAGACCUCGAGAUAAGCAACAACAGGCCGAUCAGAAAAAGUCACGCUUCUUCCAGCCUGAAGGUGAUCACUUGACUUUGCUUUCUGUGUAUCAGGCAUGGGAACGAAGUAAUUACAGUAUACCGUGGUGUUUUGAAAACUUUAUUCAAGCAAGAUCAAUGAAGAGAGCACAAGAUAUUCGAAAACAACUUUUAACAAUUAUGGAUCGAUACAAGUUGAAUGUCAUUUCGUGUGGAAAGAAUUAUACCAAAGUCAGAAAGGCAAUUACAAGUGGCUUUUUCGCUCAUGCUGCAAAGAAAGAUCCUCAAGAGGGUUAUAGAACUUUGGUAGAGAAUCAACCUGUGUAUAUACAUCCUGGAAGUGCUAUUUUCCACAGAAAUCCAGAAUGGGUCAUUUAUCACACGCUAUUAUUGACGUCUAAGGAGUAUAUGCGUGAUGUGAUUACUAUUGAGCCCAAAUGGUUGAUUGAGCUGGCUCCCAAUUUUUAUAAGGUUCAUGAUCCAGCACAUUUGUCCAAGAGAAAACGACAAGAAAAGAUUGAACCACUUUACAACAAGUAUGGUGACGAUCCUUUGCAGUUGUUAAAACGAACUAAGAGGUAA